GUUUAGAAGGAACAUUUUUGAGGUACCUACGAUUGCUAUAGAUUGGGUGCAGAUUGAGUCGAACACCAGUGUGCUUCAUGACGAGUUCAUCGCUCACCGGAUGGGACUCAUACCAAUUGUUUCGGAUGCUGUUGUCGACGACAUGCAGUACACAAGGGAAUGCCAAUGUACAGAAUUCUGUGAUGCAUGCUCAGUAUUGUUCGAGUUGAAUGUGAAGUGUAAAGAAGAGGUGACUCGAUCUGUUACUACGGCAGAUCUUAUUUGCAAGACUGAAAAAUACAGUAACACAUCUGGUUUAUCUUUUGGUAUCCCUAAUCUCCAGGUGUAUCCCGCCUGUGGCACCCAUUUGAAAUGUCGUGGAGCACAUUUUAGUGACGAGUAUGGUCAACAUGAAGAUAUCCUUAUCGUUAAAUUGAGGAAAGGACAAGAAAUCAACCUCAGAUGCUACGCUAAGAAGGGAUUUGGAAAGGAACAUGCGAAGUGGAAUCCUACUUGCGGUGUAGGGUUUGAGUAUGAUCCCGACAAUGCCCUGCGACACACCGUCUAUCCAAAUCCGAAGGAGUGGCCGCGUAGCGAAUUUUCGCAACUUAAGGACCAGGAAUUGGAAGAGCAAUAUGAAGCUCCCUACGAUCCUCACGGAAAGCCCAAUAAAUUUUGGUUUUCGAUUGAGUCUACCGGAGCGUUGAAAGCGGAUCGUAUUGUUUAUUCUGGAGUAUCUGUUUUGAAGAAAAAACUCACUGACCUACAGGUAUUUUCUUUCCGUUUGCACUUUCUUUUCUACGCUGUUCUGUUUUGUACCACUGAGAUGUACUGA